UCUAAGGAGUGUCCUCUGCGGAACACGUUGGGGACGGAGAAAGCCCCGCCUCCGUACCCUGCAAGGGCUGCAGGAGGCAGGGGCUGCAGGAGGCGGUAAUGGCGCAGUUCCCGAAGCUUGCAGUCUUUGACCUGGAUUAUACACUCUGGCCUUUCUGGGUGGACACGCAUGUGGACCCGCCGUUCCACAAGAGCAGUGAUGGAACUAUACGAGAUAGGCGGGGCCAGACUAUUCUGCUGUACCCUGAAGUGCCCGAGGUCCUGGAACGAUUGCAGAUCGCUAAAGUGCCUGUCGCAGCUGCUUCCCGGACAGGUGAAAUUGAAGGUGCCAACCAGUUACUGAAGCUCUUUGACCUUGCCAGACACUUUGUUCAUCGGGAAAUCUAUCCAGGUAGCAAGGUCACACACUUUGAGAGGUUGCAGCAGAAGACUGGUGUUCCUUUUUCCCAGAUGAUCUUCUUUGAUGAUGAGAGGCGAAAUAUCAGUGACGUCAGCCAGUUAGGUGUGACCUGCAUUCAUGUCCAGAAUGGGAUGACUCUUCAAACCCUAACUGAAGGAUUAGAGGCAUUUGCAAAAACCCAAGCUGGUCACUGAGUUCCACUUGUGCGGAUGAACCUCAUUUGAGAUCUAAAAUCAGAAAGGCAUUUUCAAGUGUAUUUUGCAAAUUAUUAAAGUGCAUUUGUUUAUGACAGAA